UCUGUGCUUUGCGUCGUAGGCGUGGCUUCUGAGGAGGGAGACGUGUCAAGGUCGGCGUGAUGGCGGGCGGCGGCAGUGGCGGCCAAGGCGAGGCGGACGAGCUCUUCGACGUCAGGAACAGCUUCUACAUCGGGGCUUCGCAGGCCGCCAUUAACGAGGCGCAGCGCGUGAAGCCAUCCAGCCCGGGAAAAAGAAGGAGAGAGGGACUUUUCCUGUACCGGGCCUACAUUGCCAGGUAAGGCGAAAGUUUGUCUAUGGUGGAUUUAGGUCCGAGCUCAUGUCCAGAACUUCAGGCUGUGCGGAUGUUUUUGCAGAAUAACCCCUCUCCAACGCGAGAGGAUGCGAUUGUGGCGGAGUUGGAUAGAAGUGGCCAAAGUGUGGAGCCCCAUACACUUUCCUGGCUGAUGGCGGCCUUCUGUCUAUGCCAUGACCAGAACCCUGAUGCUCUUGCUGCCUUGCACCAGGGGGAAAGCCCGAGAUGCAUGGCAAUGACCAUCCAGAUCCGGCUGAAACUAGAUCGUCGGGAUUGGGCCCGGAAGGAGCUGAAAAAGAUGCAGGAACAAGAUGAAGAUGCCACCCUCACCCAGCUGGCAACUGCAUGGGUAAACCUCGCGAUGGGCGGUGAGAAACUGCAGGACGCAUACUACAUCUUCCAGGAGAUGUCCGAGAAGUGGUCACCCACCCUCCUGCUGUUGAACGGACAGGCCACCUGCUAUAUGGCCCAGGGAAAGUGGGAUGAUGCCGAAGGUGUGCUCCAAGAGGCCCUGGACAAGGACAGCAGCCAUCCUGAGACCUUGAUCAACUUUGUUGUUCUCUCACAGCACCUGGGGAAACCUCCAGAGGUUACCAACCGCUACUUGUCACAACUAAAAGAUGCCCACAGAAACCACCCCUUCAUAAAGGAAUACCAGGCCAAGGAGAAUGACUUUGACCGCCUGGCAUUGCAAUACACUCCCUGUGCCUGAGUCUCCUGGGACAGAUGUCAAACCCAACUGGCAACAUCUUGCAAAGUGGAAUUUAUACUUGUGGUGUAUAGAUGGGGCUCUUCACUGUGGACUAUCAGAAUUGGUUUCCUUGUGCUUGUUGGCAGCAAACAGUGUGGAAUUCAAGUUUCUACCUGUAAUGUCUCCAGUACAUAGUUUGAGCUUCUAUUAAUUAAAAAACCCCAGCCCAACAGAGAAACCUCCAGAUGCUAUACUUUCAAAUAUUUCUAAUAAAGCCUCCAUUAGGUUUACUUCCAUGACUGUUUUAAUCGCAAGCGUCCUAUCUGCCUUAUAUCAGGCUAUCUGUCCCAUAUUGUCUGUUCUGACCUGCUGUAGGAGAGAAAGGGUCAUUCCUAUUUCCUGCCACUUGAUUCCUCUUCAACUUUCAGUGCUGGGGAGUGAAACAGAAAUUUUCUGCCAGCAAAGCACAUUUUUCUAUUUCUAUUUAUAUACUUCCUUUCCCCCCAGUUUUGGAUUUAAUUUGGUUAAUGACAUGGUUAAAAAUUCAUAGUAUGCAAAAGUUAAAAAGCAUUUAAAUUCUCAAAAUGAGUCUAGCCGGUUGAAACAAGAAACACAACAAAUAAAAAUCCAGCCCAUUAUACAAGGCCCACCUCCCCUAAAACAAAAAUAAAUUCUCAAAGGCUUGCCAGAAUGAAACAGUCUUUAUCUGGGUCUGGAAAGGGAUAGCAAGAACUCCCUUUUUGAGGAGGGAGUUCCAGAGCCUGGGGGCAGCCAAGAAGGGAGAGUUCAGGUCUGAUUUGCUCUGGGUCCCAUUUCCCCAUUGAUUUCAAUGGUGCAUGCAUGCUGCUGUUGAAUACCAUGGGACUUGAGGUCCCACAUUUCUUGCCUCCAUAGGGUGAUCCAGAACGGAACCACUGCAGAUGAGAAGGGCCCACUGUAUUGCUAUAUUUUUAAUACUCCAGAAUCUUGUCUAGUUCAUUCCAAAUCUUGUUUCUUUAUUUCUUGACUGCAGUCUCCGUUCUGAUGGAUGAUUGAACCCAAGUAUGGAAAAUCUUGAGCUGUUUCAAAUUUCUACAUUUUCUAUUUUAAAAUUAUGUAGAUCAUCUCUAUGGUUUUGGUCUUCUUAAAUGUACAACUGUAAACCUGUCUUUCGGCCUGGACUUUCUUCAAUCAUCUUUCCAAAUCUUUCGAUACUUUCUAUAAGUGGUAUGGUAUCAUCUGCAUAUUUGAGAUUGUUGGUGUUCCUCCAAUUUUCAUGCCACCUUCCAAGUCUAACCCUGUUUUGCAUAUGUUUUUGGCAAACAGCAGCUAUGGUGAUAGAAUACAACCUUGCCUGACCCUCUAGCCAAAUGGAAACCAUAUGGCAAGAUACAGUCCUUUAAAUAAACUGGACCCGAGGCAGGUAGGACUUUAUAAGUCAUAACUUCCACCACAUUUCUCCUUCACUGCAUUAAUUUAAAAUAUAUUUCUUAUUUUUUUUAGGAAACAUUGCUCUUGACUCUCAGAUUUAUUUGUUUUCUAGGUUCCAGGGAGUGAGGUUCCUCUUAGUUCUUUUCUGAAUCCCUGUAAAUGGAAGGCUUACAUUUUAAAGCGAGGACCAUAUAUACCUCUGGUUUUUCUUUCAGUAUCUAGGUGCAUCAAACUUGUGCAGUGAUAUUUAACAGCUGGAGGUGUUUGCCCUUCAGAGUCUUCCUAUGAUUUUAUCAGCUUAUAUCAGGGGUAGGAAUCCUGCAACACCAUCACAUUCCUCAGUGGUAUUUUUGCUGUCCUUCCCCUUCAUUGAAACCUCUAGGAGUGGUAAUUCACCUUUUAAACCACUUGAACAUGCACACACCCUUAUUUUAAAGAGCAAAAAGUCCUUUUAACCAAAACCAGUUUUGUGUUUUAUUGGUUUGAGAGGAAGAGAGACUUUGGAGCUGAGAGUGGGUGCCCUGGCUGAGAAAUUGGUCCCUGGGGUUUUCCCACUCCUCCUUUUACAGGGCAAGCCUUGGAUUUGGCUGACAGAUCCUGGGAUACUGUCUUUCCUAAGCCCCGGUUAGGAAACAUCGCCUGUCAGCAACUCCCUUUCUCAAAGCCAAACAGGCAAGCGUUGUCAUGAUCUGUUGUGGUUAAUUGCCAUCAAGUCCUCUUAGAUUUAGGGUGAAACUCUGGAUGAGAGAUCGCCGACAGUCCUGCUCAGAACUUACAAACUCAGAGCAACAACUGUCGCUUCCUUGAAUGAAGCAACCCAUCCAUAAUAUAAUCUUCUUUUACUACUGUCUUCCUCUUUAUCAAGCAAGGUCUUUCCAGUCAGUCGCAUUGUCUAAAGUAUGAUAUCCUCAGUUUAGUCAUAUUGGAAGAGCUUGAGCUUGAUUUGUUCUUGGAUUCAGACCCAUUUAUUUGUCUUUUUGGCAGUCCAGCACCACCUUUCAAAUGAGUUGUUUUUCUUCCUGUUAGCUUUCUUCACUGUCCAGCUUUCAAUAUCCGCAUAUAGAAACUGGAAAGCCUACAGCAUGCACAAUCCAGACCUUAGUAUUCAGUUAUUAAUUUUUGUACUUGAGGAUCUUCUGCUUCCUUCAGAACUGCUCUACAAGUCUUAAGUCUUCAGCUGAUGUCUUGACUUAAAGUAUCCAUUUUGAUUAAUGUUUAAGUCAAAAAAAUGAAAUGUUUAACAAUGUCAGUGGCCUCAUCACCUACUUUAACGUUAUAAAUAUAAAGAUAUAAAUCUUC